AUGCGCAUCCUCCGUCCGAAGCUGCUCGGUGAUCUGGAGGGUCCUGUUUCUGAACCGGCCUUGAGAUCGAAUAAGUUGGACAACGUAAAAGCUACGCUACAGUUGUUCAAGAAGUCCGGAAUUGUUACUGAAGCAUUUGAGGCUAAUGAUCUGUUCGAUUUUAGAAGAGGUCAUCAAGGCUGCCCCAGGACGCUGCUCGGGUUGUUGAAGCCGCUGGUGGGUGGAGUCCACAAGGUCCCUAUGAAAGAAGGACCCCCGACUGAUUUUCCAGGGGACGAUCGCGACGAGUCGUCUUCCCAUUAUGAGUCUUCAACAGAGGAGGUGGACACCGACAGUGUCGAUGACCCGUCACGAAUGACUCUAGGCCCAUCCGGAACCUCGACGCUACGAAAUCGAGCCGCCCAGAAGGCUGCAAGUUCACCCACUGAGAGAGGCUCCGCUGUCGCAAGUGUAACGCGCUUUUCGCCGGAGAAGCUGGGGUCAUUCUUUCAGUCGGCGAUGGGGCGAUUUCUUGAAGAACAGCGGACAGCGACGGCGCCUGAAGGUCCGACACCCACUGGAGUCCAAGACGUAGAGAUGGAGUCGGUUGGAUCUCUAGAUCGCUUUCUCCUUCCAAACGAAUACGACCGCGAUGAUCUCGACCUCAUCGCGCCCCGACGUGCUGCCGUCGCAACGACGUCUACAGCGAAGUCCACAAUUGCCCCACGUAUUCGGGUGUCAGCGAUGUCGGAAAUGAAGGCGUUUUUGGGAAAGGACGGCGACGAAGAUCGAGCCCGAUCUUGGUUGAGCAAGGUUAAAUCAGCCUUUCUAAGUCGUACGACCCGCAGCACGUGGAAGGACUUGCUCUACAGCUUCCAGACGCAAUACUGCGGCCAUGGUGUUUCCGUCGCAAAGCAAUACUACCAUGCCCGGAAACGAUCCGACGAGUCGCCGCUGGAGUAUCUGAAUCGCCUUAAUGUCGCAGGUCUACGCGCUCGAAUCCAAGUCAAGGACGGUCCGUCGCAAGUCCGCCGUGAACAUGUUGAUCACUUCAUCGAGACGCUGGACGACCGGGAUUUAGCUGAUCAUCUCGCACUUCUGAGGAUUCCCGAUGCAGGUGCCCUCGACGAGGUGUUGCGAUCUCGCCAGCGUGCAAAGGCACGACAGAUCAAGUCGGUAUAUGGCUCAAUCAAACCUCGCCAGAAGCAUCCCAACGCGACCGUACCUACGCGUGCGGUUAAAGCGGUCCAUGCUGCUGAAACCAGUAGCGACUCGGAGAUCGAGACGUGUGAAACAGAUGAUGACGAGGACCUGCACCGAGUGUACAUUACUACAGCUGGGAACCACGAUAAACGUCAAGAUCGAAGCCCUCCGAGUCAAGAUCGACAAGAGAUCCGUGAUCAUCCGGGAGGCCAAUACCCAAGAUCGAAGGACUUGGGCACGGUGGCCAAGCGCUGCCCGCACUGCGGAUCGAAGAAGCAUGACGAUCUUGGCUGUUGGGGACUCUUGACGUGCGAGCAAUGCGGACUUAGAGGCCACCCGACAGACCGAUGCUUUUUCGUCUGCAAGGCUUGCGGAGUGAUUCAUGAAGCUGGGGAGUGUCCAAUGGAAGAGUUUUACAACCGGGUCCGUCAAUUGUUCAGCCCCGACAAGCUUCGAGGGAUGUUUCCAGAAUCUGCGGAGAAGAUGUUAAACUAG